AUGGCUGACAAGGUAAUUUCUAUGCGUGAUGCACAAAUAUUUGAUAAGGACGAUUGGAAAUUUGAGGUCAAUCCAAGAAACUUUUUAAAAGAAUACUAUGUUAAGGAAACAGGUUCUGCUUCUCUCUCUUAUGAUCUUGAUCUUGAUGAGGCUUCUUAUCUUUCUAGGGUUAAAAAAUUUGAGGAAAUUUCUAAAUCAAGUAGCGACUCAAUCACUGACUUGAGAAGCAGGAGGAACUUAGCUGAGGAAAAGAGUCAAAAACUAGAGAUUGCAAAGAAGAAGCCAAAAGAAAAGAAGCUGUCUAAGUGGAAUGCUGUUGUAUACCCUUCUUUGAAUGUUAAAAGACCCUAUUAG